AUGACGAAUUCAAGUGAUUACAAACGCGUAUUCAAUCAUUUCGAUAGAGAUGGAAACGGUAUGAUCUCUCCAUCAGAGCUGCAACACUGCGUCGGAUUGAUCUGGAACAAAGAGAUUUUACUCGAAGAGGUUGAAGUUGUUGUUGAAUCGUCAAAUGGAAACAACGGAAAUUUAGGGUUUGAAGAUUUUGUUGGAUUAAUGGAAAGCGCAAAGGAAGAGGAGAAGUUUGAGGACUUGAGGAAAGCUUUCAGAAUGUAUGAAAUGGAUGGGACUGAUUGCAUCACUCCGAAAAGCUUAAACAGGAUGCUGAAUCGACUCGGUGAGUCGAGAAGUGUGGAUGAGUGUGUUGGUAUGAUUAAUCGAUUUGAUCUCAAUGGUGAUGGAGUUCUCAACUUUGAUGAAUUCAAACAAAUGAUGCUUUGA